GUCGCACUGGCAAGGCUAGGUCUUCAGAUCUCCAAUGUCUGCAAUAACACGUUUCUUCUCCCAUGUUGUGUCCAAGCAAUCUUUCAACUUAAGAUUUUUAAGGCAACAUGGCUACGAGCUUCUCGAUGAUUCGCCGCUUGGGGAAGGCUCCUACGCCAAAGUCCGUAAGGCUUACUCAAAAAGAAUGAAACUUCACGUUGCUGUUAAAAUAAUAGAUCGUAAAAAGGCUCCUGAGGAUUUUUUGGAUAAAUUUCUUCCCCGAGAAUUGAGCAUUAUUCAAAACCUUGAUCAUCCUCAUAUCAUUCGAGUGUACGAGGUACUGGACAUUGGAGACAAAGUAUUUGUUGUUAUGGAUCUUGCCCCCGGAGGAGAUUUAUUGGAUUACAUUAAGAAAAAAGGAUGCAUGAAAGAAAAUCUGAGCAGGAAAAUCUUCUUACAAAUGUUACAAGCAGUCAAACAUUGUCAUAAACACGGCGUUUUGCAUCGUGACUUGAAAUGCGAAAACAUCCUCUUGGACGACGGGAUCAACGUGAAACUCACCGACUUUGGUUUCUCCAGACCAUUUGAAAGAUCAGAAUUUUGCAAGACUUUCUGUGGAUCGGCUGCCUAUGCAGCGUACGAGAUUCUAAAAGGUAUUCCUUAUGACGGUGAGAAAGCUGAUGUGUGGAGUAUGGGCGUGGUCUUGUACACAAUGGUAACGGGUCGAAUGCCAUUUGAUGACUCUGACAUGAAGAUGCUAUUGGCGCAGAUCAAACGCGGGCCAAGUUUUCAUAGACCGAAACAGCAGAUCACAGAAGACUGCAGAGAUCUCAUAUGUGGCAUGCUCACCUUAGAUUUUAGAUUGCGAUUAAGUAUUGAGGAUAUUGAACGCCACGUUUGGCUUUCGGGUACUUCACGUUUAGGGCCUACUGGAAGCACACAGUCGGUAAGAUGAAGCUCUUCGACAAACGAGGAGAAAGGUUAACUUAUUACAUCCUUUGAUCAGUCCUUUAGAUACAUUCAAUGUUUUUUUUUUUCGUUUAUAAAGUAGGUUUGAAAUUUUCAAUUGCUUAAGUGUGAACGUUAAAUAAGGUUUGUAAAUGAUGUGAUCGAAUUAUGCGAAUUUAUGGAAGCCAAUCGACUUGCUUGAACUGUGAUCUAAAUGUUGUUGUUCAGCGUUUAAUCGACACGUGGUGAGAGGAAAAGGAUUAUUAUUGGCUUGUUUUUAAAAGAAAG